CAAUUUUCCGAUUGCCGAUCGCAGCUAGCAAGAAAACUGUACCACGGUGUGGAUAACUGUUUCGUGCCCCCGGAAAGCUUGGUGUUUUGUGCAGAAAAAAAUUCGUUGUAGAAACGACCGCGAAACACUCGCACACGCACUCAAACUCGUCGUAAUCUCAGUGCCAAAUAGUGCCGCAACAAAAUGUACAAGUGUGCUGCAUUGUGCUUCACGAUUCUAGCCCUGGUGUUGUUCGUGCUCAUGCCCAAUGUAGAAUCCACCUUACAACCAAAAGCACCCAAUUUUCAAUAUUUCGAAAGGCCUAAGUAUCGGUACCCAUACUACGAUGAAAAUGGAAAAGGAAAACUACUGUAUGGUUAUGGUGGACCGGAGUUAUAUCAGUACAAGAGCUUUUCGCCCUUGGAUGGAAUUCACUGA